AUGCCUCCUUCCGGAACCGACUCAGAAGGCUUGGGGACUAGUGCCGCACCGAAGCGAAAUGUAGAGGUCCUUGUCACUGGUUUCGGCGCCUUUGGCUCGAUAAAAGUCAACCCGUCGUACGAAAUUGUGUCGCGUCUGCCUGACCAAAUAUCAUACGACGACAGUAAUGGCCCUAGUAUUACUGUCCGGGCUUAUCCCGAAGCCAUCAAGGUUACAUAUCGCAAUGUGUUUCGUCUCAUACCCGAAAUAUACACUGCCCAAUUCCCAGAAGUCAAAUUCUUUGUCCAUGUCGGCGUCAACAACUCGACAAGGCGCUUCCAGUUAGAGCGUCGGGGGAGGAAAGGGCCCUACUCAGAAGCCGAUGUGGAGGGGGAGAAAUUCGAUGAUGAAUGGGAGAAUGACGAUAACGAAUGGGGCAGAGUGCCAGACGAGAUAAAAACCGAGAUAGAUGUGGACGCUAUUGUGGAGAAGCUAAGCCGAGAUGGCCAGUGGGAAGUAGAAUCAUCGAACGAUGCCGGUCUCUUUCUCUGCGAGUUCAUUUAUUUCAACUCCAUGCUUAUCGCACGACGUCUGAGAACUAGUCAGGGACGGCAGAUUAGAGGCGUCUUUCUACAUGUCCCGCCUUUCCUUGAGGAAAAGGAGCUGGAGAAGGGCCGCGACAUUCUCGUUGAGAUUAUCAAGGAAAUUGUCAAACAAGAAGAGAAUCAAGAAGAGUCGUAA